ACUACCCUUCUUACCCAACUAUAUUAAUCCCCUUUUCCCACCUUACACCUUUCGUACUUCCUCUCUAUUGCAUUACGUUACAAAACAAUGGUAGCAAUGGAUGACCCUUUUGUGUUGGAACUUAAUCACUUGCAAAAUCAGCUUAAAGAGAAAGAUAAUGAGCUAGGUGCUGCACAGAAUGAGAUCAAGGCCUUACGAGCAACUCAAGUACUGAAGGAAAAGGCUUUAGACGAGCUCAAAAUGAAUUACGACAAGUUAGAUGAGAAACUUACAGUCACUGAAAACUUCCUGCAACAAAAGAAUCUAGAGAUGAAGAAACUAGCUGAUGAGAAGAAGGAUGCUUUGGCUGCACAGUUUGCAGCUGAAGCAGCCCUUAGAAGGCUGCACACAAACCAAAAGGAGGAUGAUUUUCUACCAAUUGAUUCGAUCAUAGCUCCUCUUGAAGCUGAAAUCAAAAUGUACAAGAAUGAGAUAGCGACUUUACUAGAGGAUAAGAAAGCUAUGGAGCGUCUUACAAAGUCAAAAGAAGCAGCUCUCCUCGAGACAGAGAAAAUCUUGGGAAGUGCCCUUGAAAGGGCUUUGCUGGUUGAGGAUAUACAAAACCAAAACCUUGAAUUAAGGAGACAGAUCGAAAUCUGCCUAGAAGAGAACAGAAUACUCGAAAAGACCAACCGUCAGAAAGUUAUAGAGGUUGAAAAGCUUAGCCAGACCAUUCAGGAACUUGAGGAGGCCGUUUUGGCUGGUGGGGCUACUGCUAAUGUUGUUAGAGAAUAUAAACGCAAAAUCUCUGAGCUCAAUGAGGAGAAGAGAAUUCUUGAGAGGGAGCUUGCACGAGCUAAAGUGUCAGCAAACAGAGUGGCAACUGUUGUUGCUAAUGAAUGGAAAGACGGGCAUGAUAAGGUAAUGCCAGUGAAGCAAUGGCUGGAAGAACGUAGGGUUUUGCAGGCAGAGAUGCAGCGUUUAAAAGACAAACUAGCCGUGACUGAAAGAACUGCAAAGGCAGAAGCACAGCUCAAGGAAAAAUUCAAGCUGAGGCUGAAGAUUCUGGAAGAAGGCCUGAAGCGUGCUUCAAGCAAUGAGAGCGCACCAAAAACCCCAAAUUCUCAUCGAAUUCUAGGAUUUGUAUCAAACAAUGCUGGACCAAGGAAGAGAUCUUCAUCCCAACCAAGAGGUUCAGUGAUCAAUAGUAGAAGCUCUCCUAUUCACCAGCCAUGGCUGGAGAAAGUGAAUAGUUUGGAGAACCAUAUUUCAAGAGAGGACGUAGCCAAGAGAAGCUUAUGGGGAUCUAAAACCAUCACUGGGAAGGAAAACUCAGAAUUGGUAGGAAAUACUGACAUGAAUGUUGAAAUUUCAAAGGAUAGUAAUUCUGCAGUUCAAGGGGAAAUGGAAAGCAAAGAAAUAGGGAGUGAAGAUGCAGUUUCAGGAUUUUUGUAUGAUAGGCUUCAGAAAGAAGUAAUCAAUUUAAGGAAGACUUGUCAAGCAAAAGAUGAUGGAUUACUUUCCAAAGAUGACGAGAUCAAGAUUCUCAUGAAGAAAGUUGACACCCUGACAAAAGCCAUAGAAGCAGAAGCAAGAAAAGCAAAGAAAGAAUCGUCAGCCGGGCAAAAGGCAAUUUUAUCAGUUGCAAAGGAUGAUACCAAGAAAACUUGGAGCAGAACAUUCCUUAAACGGGUCACAAAAUCUUAAUCAGGGAUUUAAUCAGUUUAGAAACUCUUUCAUUGAACUCAAGAAGUCAAGAGAUGGGGGGGUUUUCCUGCGUUUUUUUCACUCAGAGUGUACAUGUUUGUGAAGAAUGUCAUUGAGUUGCAUCUCACAUGAUACUUGUGUAAAAUAGAAAGAAUUCUUGUUCGGAAAAGCUGAGAAACAACUCAAACAAUAUGAUUUUGUGAAUUUUGAUUUAUGAACUUUAGAUAUCAAAAAUACGUCCUACCAUUUUUAAUUUCCCAGAAUCCGUGAAAUAAUGUAUUGGGAAAGAAACAGGGAAAUGCAAAAGAUAAACUUGGUGCAA